AAACGACAAAAAAGAAAGGAAACGGAGUGAUCAAGAACUAUAGAAAAAAAAAAUAAAUAAUAAGAGGAGAAAAUUAUAAUUUAAAAUUAAGAAACACUAUGUAUCUAACUUUUACAUCAUAAAAGGAAUCAUUAAAUAAUGAUGUCUAAAGACUGACUGAGGUCAUUUUUCCGUCAAAAAAAACGCUUUCGUACAAAUGUUUCCUAACACUGAAUGUGCUUAGAACUCAAUAGUAGAAUUAAUCUCAACUGUGUUGGAGUGAAGUUCAUUCAACCUUUUUGAAAAAAGAGAAAAAAAAACAGAAAAAAACAAUCUAUGCACAGAACUAGAUUGAAUAGAUUAUUCCAGUUUCCUUUGAAUUUUAUCAUAGUAUAUAUUUUGCUGAAUUUUGCCUUACGGCAUAAUACCAAUGCUGAACACUACAAAACACCGACAACUACAAAUGGCUGGAACACAGAUUCUGUUGAAUUUAAUCCUCCUGAGCUGCCAAUAAAUAUUAUCUUUAUUUAUUUAACAAUAAUUCAAUUAAAACUUAAAGACCAGCGGGUUUUCUGGCUGUUGACAUUCGUUGUUCUUUUACAGAUAACCUUCAGCCGCCUGAUUAUACCAUUACUAGAUGAUAUAAUGAAGAAGGUGGAGGAUAUUAAAGCCUGCCUGAAAUAUAUUCAUCAUAAGGCAUAUACUUGUCUAAUUCAUGUGGAUAAUUCUUUGAAAUUCCCUAUUGCCGAAGCUAGGAUGCAGACGCCGGCUGGAAUGCCUAAACGACCGGAAUAUUUCACUUCGUAUGAACAAAUGGUGGAUUACUUAGCAGCAUUAAAUCAAUAUUAUCAAGUAUUUGGUCGUUCAAGAUAUGGCUAAAGAUCCAAAUAUUUCAUAGAAGAUGCAGCAUUAUAUCAAAAGAAAAUGUCCAACAAACUUGCGUUCAAUAUCUGUUGAACAGUUUCGCGGGAAAAUAAAAUUCAAAACUUGUAUGCAAUGCAUAUAUUAAAAAAGAAUAAGUUAUAAUAAAUGCAAUUCAUGCCUACUUACUUGUGCCUUGUCUUUUUUUCUUUAUUGAAUUACGCCUACUUUAAUUAAAA